AUGCUUGUUACUGCACCAGCUCUUCAGGAGACCCUUGCCCAGUGUCUGAGCAUAUUUGGGACUUUAGCUCAGCCGGUAGCCCCAGUCCAGCUCGAGGUUAGGGCAGCAAUUUCUGAGAAGGAACAAUGCAGGCUCGAGAGGUACAGGAAGUGCCACCCUGCUACUUUCAGUGGCUUGGCAUCAGAGGAUGCCAAGGGUUUUAUUGAGGAGUGCCACCGUAUCCUCUGUACUAUGGGUGUAGCAAUGUCUAGUGGGGUUUCUUUCACUGUGUUCCAGCUUAGGGGAGCGGCUUAUCUGUGGUGGCGUGCAUAUGAGUUGGCACUUCUAGCCGCCAGUGGUAUACCGGUCACUCCUAGGCCUCAGGCUCCCUAUCAUGCACUGCCAGUGUCUAGUGCACCUCCUGCACGGGGUGCUUUUAGCGGAGGCUCACAGUUUGCGGAACUCCAUUCACCCGGGUGCCGCGAAGAUGUAUCAGGAGUUGAGCUGGCUCGAGUUUAUAUCCGCGAGAUUGUCGGGCUUCAUGGCGUGCCAGUAUUCAUCAUCUAUGAUCGGGCUCAGUCCGAUUGGACAAGGAUUUCUCUUAUAUUGAGGAGCCGAUGGCCAUCUUUACAGGCAGAGUACUACAAUGGUGACAGUACUAACAACAACAACAACAACAACAACAAUAACAAGAAGUACUACAAUGGUGGUAGUACUAAAAAUAACAACAAUGAGGGGUACUUCAAUGGUGGCAAUACUAACGACAACAAUAACAAUAACAACAAGAAGUACUUCAAUGGUGGUAGUACUAACAAAAAUAACAACUACUACUACAACGAUAACGAGGAGUAUCACAAUGGGGGUAGCACUUACUACAACAAUAACAACAAUAAGGAGUACCACAAUGGUGGUAGUACUAAUAACAACAACAUCAACAAUGAAUGGUACUUUAAUGGUGAUAGUACUAACAAGAAUAACUACAAGAAGUAUCACAGUGGGGGGUAG